AUGUCUGGACGAGGCAAAGGCGGAAAAGGGCUCGGUAAAGGAGGCGCAAAGCGUCACCGUAAAGUUUUGCGCGAUAACAUCCAAGGAAUUACUAAACCCGCCAUUCGCCGUUUGGCUCGCCGUGGCGGUGUUAAGCGUAUCUCCGGCCUGAUCUACGAGGAGACUCGUGGAGUGUUGAAGGUGUUUCUGGAGAACGUGAUCCGCGAUGCCGUCACCUACACCGAGCAUGCCAAGAGGAAGACCGUUACCGCCAUGGAUGUGGUGUACGCGCUGAAGCGACAGGGACGCACUCUGUACGGCUUCGGUGGAUAAACCGCUCAAAUACACACCAACACAACGGCUCUUUUAAGAGCCACACAACCUUUCACUGAAAGAGGUUUAAUCUGUAAACGUUUUUGUAAAGUUAACCCAUGUUUAGAUAUCCAACUGUUUCCAAUAUCAAAUGCGUCUUGAAGCAGUUCAAGCUUAGCCUUAUUUUCAGUUACAGUAAUAUGGUGGACUUGUGUGUAGGACAAAGCAGGUUCUCAAACUUUAGCUUUUGCGAUGAGAAAAGGAAGCUACGUGG